AUGGGUCUCCACGGUCGCUACACCACUGAGAAGGUUACCUACCCGUCUCAUGGGGAAACUAUCACUGGUAUCCUCUACAAGCCCAAGGACAUCAACAACCUCCCUGGCAUUGUGGUUCUAGGUCCCUAUUCGUUUGUCAAAGAGCAAGCUCCAUUGCAGUAUGCCACGCGACUGGCUGAUGAAGGCUACGCGGCCUUGAUAUUCGACCCACGCACUGUCGGUGAGAGCACCGGCCAGCCACGUCGAUUGGAAAACCCUGUGAUGAAAAAUGAAGACGUGGUCUCCGGUCUCGAUUACCUGGCCAGCAGGGGCGACGUGGAUGCCAAGAGACUAUUCCUCGGAGGCCCCGAGUGUCUUGAUGUGGCGUCCUACGACGACCGCGUUGUUGCUGUUGCUUCCGUGACAGGAUACUACCGCGACCGCGAAACGGAUAUUUGGAUGAUCUGCUCGGGCUGUGUCAAUGUCGAGCCUGGUGUUGACGUAGGAUCUUUGAAGAUGCCUACACCCGAGCAAGGAGAAGCCCUCUAUCAGGCGCGCAUCCAGCGAGCCAGAGACGCUAAGGCCCUAUAUGAAAAGACAGGGGAAGUCAUCUACCAACCUCUUGUCGACCCCAAAGCUGCAGACCCGGAUGUUGGCUCCCUUGCCGGGCUUCCAGGACCAGUCACAUGGUCGUGGUACGGCCCCUGGACGAUGAAGGGUUUCGAGAACCGGUAUGCGGUCAUGAGCGAUUUGGACCAUUUCGGCUAUUCCACAGUCGCUGGUGUGGCCAAGCUCAAUAAGCCGGCUUUGGUGAUUCAUGGCGAUAAUUGCAUGAAUGCCGCUGCAGCAAAAAGGCAUUAUGAGUCGAUCCCGACAAAGGAGAAGAAGCUUAUCUGGGACAAUGAAAUCUCGCAUUUCCAGCAUUACGAGCAGCCGGAUGUUGUAGAUAGGAACGUUGGUGAGAUCGCGGCUUGGUUUGGACAGGCAAAGGUGUAA